CUUUGGCCUAAUUGGUGUCCGAUCCCCUCGGUCAGGCUGCCGUCGAAUACAGAACUUGUGUAUUGAAAGACGCCAGUAUACAGUAAUUGCCAAUUUAAGUCCCAAUACUUACAGACCUUAGCGAUUAAAAACACUACAUCUCCCAGAAGCCUCCGCGAAAGAGCUCCUCUCUUGCGUAAUCACGUAGGCCUUUGUCGCAUUAGAACAAAUAAUCCCUUCGUUUUUCUUAAGGUAUUGGACAUAAUACUUCAUUUUUCUCCUCAUCGAAAGAACUUUAAGUGUUACUGAGGUAAUAGAAGUUGCCUAUGAGAAGGUAGUUACGCGAUUAGGUAAACGGGAAGAAAGGACAUAAAAAAUAAAAUACUGCGGAGGAAUUUUUCUCAAGCUGUGAGACGCUGAAGAAGAGUGAAUGCGAUCGAGAGGGGCUCAGAGAAUUGUCCUCUUUGCAGGGAACCUUCUUUAGCCCCAGUCCCCUGCCUGCCUCUGUCGUCAACAGAGAGAUGGAAACUUUGAUGACUAGUUCCACACUGCCUCCCCUUUUUGCAGAUGAAGAUGGCUCCAAGGAGAGUAGUGAUUUGGCUACAACUGGGCUAACCCACCCAGAGAUUCCAUAUAGUAGUGGAGCCACAUCAUCCACCAACAAUCCAGAAUUUUUGGAGGCUCUCUCUCAAGGUCAGUUGCUUCAGAAUGAGCCUUCAAACACAGCAGAAGGCAAUGAGCAGAGGCAUGAAGAUGAGCAAAGAAGUAAACGAGGAGGGUGGUCCAAAGGAAGAAAAAGGAAGAAACCUCUUCGAGACAGCAAUGCACCCAAAUCCCCCCUUACUGGAUAUGUUCGGUUCAUGAAUGAGCGUCGAGAACAGCUUCGAGCAAAGAGACCAGAAGUCCCAUUUCCAGAAAUUACAAGGAUGUUAGGCAAUGAAUGGAGUAAACUGCCUCCUGAGGAAAAACAGCGCUAUCUUGAUGAAGCAGACAGAGAUAAGGAGCGUUACAUGAAGGAACUGGAGCAGUAUCAGAAGACUGAGGCCUACAAGGUCUUCAAUAGGAAAACCCAAGACCGUCAGAAAGGCAAAUCUCAAAGACAAGAUGCAGCCAGACAGGCCACUCAUGAUCAUGAGAAAGAAACAGAGGUAAAGGAACGGUCUGUUUUUGACAUCCCUAUAUUCACAGAGGAAUUCCUGAACCACAGCAAAGCUCGGGAGGCAGAGCUCCGCCAGCUUCGCAAAUCCAACAUGGAGUUUGAGGAGAGGAAUGCAGCCCUGCAGAAGCACGUGGAGAGCAUGCGCACCGCAGUGGAGAAGCUGGAGGUGGAUGUGAUCCAGGAGCGCAGCCGCAACACUGUCUUACAGCAGCACCUGGAGACCCUGCGGCAGGUCCUAACUAGCAGCUUUGCCAGCAUGCCCUUGCCUGGAAGUGGAGAGACACCUACACUGGACACCAUUGAUUCAUAUAUGAACAGACUGCAUAGUAUUAUUUUAGCUAAUCCCCAAGACAAUGAAAACUUCAUAGCUACAGUUCGAGAAGUUGUGAACAGGCUUGAUCGUUAACAAAUGGUCUUAGAGCUCCAAGAUGUUCUGUAAAUGGUUAGAUUUGUGAGGAAUGAGAAGCCAUCUGUGGACAUUUGAACUGAGUGGAGGCAGAGGAGUACAGAUGACUCUGCUUGUGCGGGAACUAUCAGCUGUGUGUUAAAUGCCUUCACCCCAGAAAGCCAUAUGAGGAGCAGAAAAAAGAACAUAAGAACAUGUUAACGAACUUCCUUUGGAAUCACCCUUGCGAAGCUUUGAAAGCAUGCAACCACUCUCCCAAGUCUUCAGUUUCCUAUCGUCUGCUUUUCUGUGUCUGCAUAUAUUCUGCUGACAUCUUAUGCAGCAAAAAGGAAGCCUUCUCAUUGUUCUACUUUAGAUUGGACCUUUUAAUCAGUGAUGCUUUGGUUUUGUCUGCCUGUCACUUUUUUAAUGCAUUUGGGGGUUAUAUUUUUAUUCCCUUUACUCUCACAAAAUUAUACAUCUCCAUUUUCUGACCACUGGGCAUUGUUGAUCAACAGGGUUCUGAGAGAGUUUCUCUUAUUGGACAGGCCCAAUCUUCUCCUAUCUUUGUCCUGCUGUGACUCCAGAGAAAGGGUCUUCUUGUUCACAGUGGUCUGUGCAAGAUGUUGUUUCCUGUGCCACACAGUGCCUGGUGGGUGCCGGCCCUCGCUCCAGCCCUUGAGGAGGCUUUGUGAGUGUUGCCCCAAGAAGAAUAUACCUCCUCAGUUGUUUCCUGAGGUUUGCUCUUGCACAUACCCUGCAUUUCAGCCCCAGUAAGGUUCUUCUGUUCCCAUCUGUUGACAGUGUCUUGUGGAACAUUUUUUUUUAAAGGAGAGAACAUUGGUAAAUAGGAGAGAACAGGAAAAGUAGUUUCUCAUUUGGCAUUGAAAAAAAACCCUAAAGUUUAUAAGUAAAAAUUGACACCGUCUGCUCUAGGCGUACUGAUUCAUGGAUGUGGGUAGGUAGAGGUGUCAUCAUAGUAGUCGAGUGAACUGACAAAAAGGGCACAGAGAAAUUCUCAAGUCAUUUGUCUUCCUUCUGUAGCCAUACUGUAGAAUCUGUGUCAAAAGAAUAGGCUUUUCUUUCUUCUUUCCCCUUAGUAAGUAUAAUAAAAAAAAAAAAAUCACCCAAAAGGGGACAGGAGUUUCUGACUCUUACCUUACAGUUUGGUUUUGUCUUGAUGCGCUACAGCACAAGGCUGACAAUUGCAGCUCUGAUCUUUGGAACCAAACCCAGGCAUGCUGAGACCAUUGUCCAGGCAUCAUGCCACCAAAGCAGGUAGAAGUGUGGCCUCUUCACAACAUGCUCACAAAUCAAGGUGCAAACAAGAAGCCGACUGUCACAUUGCUGCACCAUCCUGUCUUCCCAGCAUCUCCAUACCUGAUUUCUUCAAUAGCCCAAAGGAAAUAAAAGAACAACAAAAAACAGCCUUCUUCUUUUUCUUUCUUUCUUUUUUUUUCUUUAGAAAAAGGAAAGGAGAGAGAGAAGAGGGGGCUGGGAGAGAGACAUUGAUUCAUCGUUCCACUUAUUUAUCCACUCAUUGGUUGAUCCUUCUAUGUGCUGUGACCAGGGAUCAAACCUUCAGCUUUCACCCUAUCUGGACAAUGCUCUAAACAAUUGAGCUACCCAGCCAGGGGAGGAAAAAAAAACAGCCUUUCUUAAUGUCUUAUAUGAACACACUUCAAAUUACCAUGCACUGAAGCCCAUAUAUCACCACUUGGCACAUUUUAGAAUAAGAACCCAUCAUUAACUACUGCUAUAAACCUAGAAAACUGUUCUGCUCUUACCUGUUACUGCUGGUCCUGUCACUUUUCUCAGACUCCUUGCCUGCUAAGUUCAACCUAGAACACACUGUCUAUAGCCACAGGACAUCCAAGCCAGUUCUGGAAAUUUGUGUCUGCCUUCUGCCAGAUACAUUGUUUUUUCCUUCCUGCCUCCUGAUGUUUCUGUUUUCUGUUUCUCCCUUGUGUUAGUUUUACAUGGCUUUGUUAGAGUACUGUUGACCAGGAAAGGUUAUAACCAAGUCCAGAGAUCAUCAUUCUUCUGAUUCUGGAUGGGACACCUGGCAUUGAUGUGAAACAUCUGCAUACUGAGGAAUGCAUGAGAUCUUGAAAGAGCCCACAAUCUGAAGUCACUUUCUCAUAAUAAGCAGGCUGCUUUUGAAAUACUGGCUCUCCAAGCAGCUACACACCUGACUCACUGGUGGCUGGGAUUCAGCUGCCACAACACUGUCAGGUCCCAUAAUGCGGGUCUGUGUUGCCUCCUCUGUGCUCAACCAGGAGGUGGCAGAUGAGAUUACAGGCUAGCAUGAUACCUAAUUCAUGUUUCCCAAUAAACUUGUAGAUAUUAACUGCACUUACGUUCUUCUCAAGACAUAAGUUGUUGCCUAUUCAGUGUUACAGAUUUCUUUUUAAAAUA